GGAGUAGGUAACGAGAGUAACCGCACCAUUGCAGGGACCAAAAAAAUUUGUACGGUGGAUACAAUUAUUUGGGAAGAGAUCUCCUAUGGAUCUCUUCGACCAAAUUCUAGAGAUUCGAAGGUUUAGAUAUCGAUGACGAUGAUGAGGCACAGGUUCGAGGAGGAAGAGAUACCAGAUUGCAACAGCUAGCGGUCAAAUACUUUCCAAAUCAAGUCACGAUUGCGGCCUGAACUGAUCGACAGAGACCCUAAAAUUCACGAUCUCUGUAAAAUUUCCCAAUUAAAUCAUAAAUUAAAACGUUCAAAAUUUCGAAUUCAUUGGAUUUUGAAUUUCGGAUACUCCGCCUCCUCCUCCUCAGCACAGCCAAAGGGAGUUCCAUUUGGUUCAAUUCGCAUAAACCCUUUGUAGAAUCUUUACUGUUCUUGUUCGAGUUGUUCAAUUUCUGAGGGAGCUCCGUUUGUUUUUGGCCAAUUGGGUGUCUUCGUUUCGCUGAUCCAGAUUGGUUUCUGCAAGAAUUCGGUUCUGGGUUUUCCGAUUCAGGUUGUGAGGAAGAAAACCCACAAAAGUUCAACUGGGUAUUAGUGGUUUUGUUGUCGAAAUGGCUGCUGAAGACGAUGUGGAGUGGCAUUUUGAUCAGUAAAAUCGGGCUUUGAUUUUUUUGGAAAUGAGUCGUUCUCCUUCACUUUCAGUGAAGUCCGAAAAUAGUCCAAAGCUUGAUCCAGAAUCUUUGCAGCAAUGGGUUGUGGCCUUUUGUAUUAUUAGGUUUGAUCUUGAACAGGGUCAGCUAAUUGAAGAGUGCUACCCACCCGGUUGUCUUACACAAGAUGAGGAGCUUGAAAUUGCCUUUAGUUCUUUCCCGGAUUCUGUUUCCCAGCAUCAGAACCGCUCAAGCAUUCAUGAUAGUAUGUUCUUUUUCCGGAUUCAAAGGCGGGAAAGUUCUCAAAUUGACAAUGUGUCCUCCACCGAGAUGACUAAAAGUGAUAAGAAGUUAGAUCCUAAGUCUCCCGAUGUAAAUGUCCUUAAGAGGUCAAAAAGUAACAACAAUUCUAAUGCUUCGAGAUACAUGUAUGGGUAUGUUUUUAAUAGACAGAGACAUGAUGAGAGGCUAAAACGAGGCGGGGAGCAGAAGUCUGUGGUAAUCUUGUCGCACAGUCCAUACUCUAGUGUGUUUAGACCGUUGUUACAAAUCAUGGGUCCUCUAUAUUUUGAUGGAAGGAAAGCUCUUGAGCAUAUUACUGCUUAUGUUUCAAUGUGGCCUGCUCCUGUACCUGGGAGGCUGAUGGAGCUUCCUAUUGGGAAUGCUGCGCUGAAAGUGAACUUGCCACCUGCACAUAGCUUGCCGUCAGAGAACGGAAUGUUGCUUGAAGAGUCUGCCUCCUCGAUGGCUCCUUUUCUUCCUAAUAACCAGUCAGUCCCCCAGGGCCUUUUUCAUGACUCGGAUCUAUUUGGCAUCUUCAGGGGUGUAUUAUUACAGCUCUGGGUUAUGUGGGAGUUGAUACUUAUCGGUGAGCCCUUGCUUAUCAUAGCUCCAACUCCUCCGCAAUGCAGUGAGGCUGUUGCUGGUCUUGUCAGUUUGGUUGCACCUUUACUUUGCAGUGUGGAUUUUAGACCUUAUUUCACUAUCCAUGACCCUAAAUUUGCCCACCUGAACUCCCUCCUUGAAGGAGAUACCUUUCCACCUAUGAUUUUGGGUGUAACCAACCUGUUUUUUCUUAAAUCUCUUCGUAAUAUGCCCCACGUUGUUUCAGUUGGAAGCCCUGCUCCUCAUACAAACCGGCUUACCCUUGCUUCCAGGUCAUCUACUGGAAGACUUACAGGUAGAGCCGAAGGAUUUGGCUUUCAACAGCUUUCCUUGAAAAAAUUAUCUCCUUCAAAUUUGUUGAAUUCUGUGAAGUUGUGGAGAGAGGGUCCUCUUUGUCUCAUGACGGAACAUAAGGAAGCCAUUUGGAGCACUUACUCUGCCACAACUAAGCCGGACACUUCUAUCCUGAAUAGGCUUAUAGAUGCUGGGAUGUCACCAAGGGUUGAGGAAUCAAUGUCAGUUGUUAACAAUGAAAUAUUGCGGCGACAUUUCUUGGAGCUCACUACUAACUUUUUGGCUCCUUUUGGUCCAUAUUUUAGGACUAGAACACCUUCAGAAGGAUCUUCUCCGUUUGUAGACCCUCCCCCUCUUAUUCCAUUUAAUGCUGAUGAGUUCCUGGGAAGUUUAUCAGAAAGAGGACCUGGGAAGUUUCUAUCGAAACGAAUGAGAUCUAACUGGCUGGACUUAUACCGGCGAUUUCUACAGGGACCAAACUUUGCACCAUGGUUUCAAAGAAGGCGUGCUGUUGCUGAACAAGAACAACAUAGACUAUGGAAGCAGGCCAGAUUGAAGACUGAUAUACUACAGUUAAUGUCUAAGAUGUCUGAAUUGGAAAUUGUUGAUUCCUUUGAUUGUAUUGACAGACAUCUUCAUGAAGAAACAGUGGCGCAGCAAUCAGGAAGGGCUAGCACAGACUCUACUGCAACUUGCCAAAAACUUAAGGGAGAUCUGCAGGCGAUUUUCAAUGUACUUCCCGACGACAUGCAGCAACUUCUACUGCUAAACCCACAAAAGGCGGCCCUUCUAAAAGGAGCUCCUGACCGUACAAAACUUCCUGGGCGCCCACUUAUACAAGUUGGGGUUGUAUCAUCAACAUCACCAAGAUAGUGUGCAAAACUGGCUGGGAAUCAGUUGCCUCUGGUAUCAACAAUCUUCAUGUGCCGUCGAAGGACAGCACUUGUUAAUAUAUUUGUAGCGUCCUUCUGUUUCUGGGCUGAGAUAACUUCCCCAACUUCGAGAUCCAUUUUUCAACGAGAUGUGCGCAGAAUCAAAGUACUGCCAAAUGAGUAAUCAAAGUACGAAACACGCGAGUUGAUUAGAAGGUAAUUGGUUUUCUAAUUGAAGUUGAAGAUUCAUAUUAUUUGUAUUCUCAACAAUGUUUAAGCUAGUACUUUGUUGUCGAAACGACGAGGGGCACAACCUUCCACUUGUAGUUAUUGCAUCAAUUCAAUAUCGUUUUCAGCCCUCUCCCUA